ACUCAUUGCAGAGAAAAAGAUAAACGGAUGACUGAGCUACAUGAGAGAGAGUAGAAAUGAACAGGGGUGAGGGACUUCUUGGCAGGAAACCCUCCCCAGGGUGUCCUCUCCCUCCAAGAUCCUGAAAACUGCCAAAUCCUGAGAGAAAAACUACAUGACACUACAACAUGAGCGAGAAUAAAUGUGAUAGUCAGUUUUACAGUGUUCAAGUUGCAGAUUCAACAUUCACUGUACUAAAACGCUACCAGCAAUUGAAACCUAUUGGGUCUGGGGCUCAAGGCAUUGUUUGUGCUGCAUUUGAUACUGUCCUUGGAAUAAAUGUUGCUGUAAAAAAGCUGAGCCGCCCUUUUCAGAAUCAAACCCAUGCAAAGCGAGCUUACAGAGAACUAGUGCUGCUAAAGUGUGUGAAUCACAAAAAUAUAAUUAGUCUAUUAAAUGUAUUUACACCACAGAAGUCAUUAGAAGAAUUUCAAGAUGUGUAUUUGGUUAUGGAAUUGAUGGAUGCUAACUUAUGCCAAGUUAUUCAUAUGGAGCUGGAUCAUGAAAGAAUGUCCUAUCUUUUAUACCAGAUGUUAUGUGGGAUCAAGCAUCUUCAUUCAGCUGGUAUCAUCCACAGAGAUUUAAAACCCAGCAAUAUAGUAGUAAAAUCAGAUUGUACUCUCAAAAUCCUUGACUUUGGACUUGCAAGAACAGCAUGUACUAAUUUCAUGAUGACCCCAUACGUAGUAACACGAUAUUAUAGAGCACCAGAGGUUAUUCUUGGCAUGGGAUACAAGGAGAAUGUUGAUAUCUGGUCAGUUGGUUGCAUCAUGGGAGAAUUGGUGAAAGGUUGUGUGAUAUUCCAAGGCACUGAUCAUAUUGAUCAGUGGAAUAAAGUUAUUGAACAGUUAGGUACACCGUCAGCAGACUUCAUGAAAAAACUACAGCCAACUGUACGGAAUUAUGUAGAAAACCGGCCGAAAUAUCCAGGUAUCAAAUUUGAAGAACUGUUCCCAGACUGGAUAUUUCCAUCAGAGUCUGAUCGUGAUAAACUAAAAACAAGUCAAGCUCGAGAUUUACUAUCAAAAAUGCUAGUAGUAGAUCCAGACAAACGAAUUUCAGUAGAUGAAGCUUUGCGGCAUCCAUAUAUAACAGUUUGGUAUGAUCCAGCUGAAGCAGAAGCACCACCCCCCCAAAUCUAUGAUGCACAAUUAGAAGAAAGAGAACAUGCCAUUGAAGAAUGGAAAGAGUUAAUAUAUAAGGAAGUAAUGGAUUGGGAAGAAAGAAAUAAGAAUGGUUUGGUAAAAGAACAGCCUUCAGAUGCAGCAGUGAAUAGCAAUACCAGCCCUUCUCAGUCAUCAUCAGUCAACGACAUUUCAUCCAUGUCAACAGAACAAACAUUGGCUUCAGACACAGACAGCAGCCUUGAUGCUUUGACAGGAACACUUGAAGGAUGUCGGUGAUCAGCUUUGAAGAUUAAGAUUAGCAAAGAAUAUUUGCUUCUGUUGGGCCUAUAUUGCUUGUAAGUUCAUGGAGCCAAGUAGAAAACUUCAUGUUCUGCAUGUUCCUCUAAAAUAAUGCCUGUGAUUUUACUCAGUUGCAGUAAAACUGUCUGCUUAAUAUUGUAGAGUGAAAGCAACUUUGUAUCUCAAGGCAAAUGAAAUAUAAGCAUUAAUAUAACCUAUUGUGUUUUGACCUAUAUCAGGUGAGCAGUUAAAAUAACAUCAAAUGAAUUCAUGGGCAUUCUGUCAGAUUUUUUUUAAACACAUUUAUAGAACAAAUUUUAGAAAGAAAGAAAGAAAAGAGAGCGAGAGAGAAAGCAAGCAAGCAAACCAUUGUAAAUCUUGUUGAAUGUAUAUUGUUUCCGAUCUAUUUGAUUACAGCCAUUCUUAAUAUAUCUUGCUGGUAUACUCAGUACUGUAUAAUAUAGACACAAUUGUUUUUCUGUAUAGCACUCUUCUCUUGAGGCCUUUUUCUCUCCACCACCAAAUAAUAUUAUAUUCCUUCUCAUAGAAGAAGCAAACUUGUGAAUUUUUGCUUCACCUUUUACAUCUAAAUGUAAUUGUUUUUCUGAAUGUGUUCUUCCAGCACUUUUCUUUGAAGGGUAGGUGGGAUAAAUAAAGAUAGGUCUUAAUGCUUGUCUGAGUUAGGAUAUGUUUUUAAAAUAGCAAUUUUGGCAACUAUUUUUAAGCAGUUUCUAAACACUUGUAGAAACUGUGUCUCCAUUGCCUUUUCCUGGUAUUUCCAUUGAGAAUCUGAUGGUGAACUCAUUUUGGAGCUUACUUUGAGGCUCUUAAUAGAUAUACCUAUAGUUGCUUUUGAUGUGUUUUAAAGGGACCACUAUAUAGCUUAUAAUUACUUUUAAAAAUUCACAUCUAGAAAAAAUUGAAAUGCAUUAAAAAAAGUGAAAGGGACUAUUUUUAGAACUAAACCACACAAGUAAGAUUACAGGUAGUCUUCGCUUAACAACCCUAAUUGGGACCGGAAUUUCUGUCACUAAGAGAAGUGGUCAUUAGGCAAAAUAUCAUGUGACCCCACCACUUAGUGACAGCAGUUCUUGUAGUCUUGGUUGCAGUCAUUAGAUGAGGAUCUCACACUUCUCUUGCUUGCCACACUUGCCUCCGCUUCAACUCCCCCCAACCUGCCUUUCUCCCUCCAUCUGUGCCCUUUUGUCCACCUUGCAUUCCACCACCGCCACCUACCCCACCACUACAGCUGACCUCCACCAUCUUCUUCCUCCCACUGCUGAUGAGGCAUGCUGCGGUUGUAAAUGCCUGUGGGCUGCCAAGCACCCAAAUUUUAAUCGCAUGACCACAGAGGCGCUGCAACAGCCAUAAUUUUGAAGACCGGUUGUAACUACAAUUCAUUCAGCACCAUCAUAAUUUCAAAUGGUUGCUGAAUGAAUGCUUGUUAAGCAAGGACUACCUGUGGUUAUAUAAGUAACAUACAGAAUAUGUAAAUGUGUGUGUGUGUGUUUUUACAAAAGCCCGGUCUUGAGUGUGUUUGCUCUGGUUCAAUUUCUUCCUAGCUCUGAGCAUAAGCAAAGUUUAUUUAACAAGAAAAUAUUUAUGCGACUGUGUAGGUAGAUUGGCAGAUGAACACUGUGUUUUAGGGAAGUUAUGGUAGAUGGAAUAAAGUUGUGAAUCAAAGCCAGGUAUUACAGAUAUUGCAGAUUUCUAGACUCGGGGAGGGGCAGUUCUUAGAAGAGAUUGGGAAAGUUAUAUUGUAUAUUGCCACCUUCUUUCUCUGGCACCAGCACUUUACUAGCAGCACAAUCUUAUGACUGGGAAUAAGCCCUAUUAAGUUUAAUAGUAUAAGUGUGAUAAAGGAUUGCAGCAUAAAUUCACUAUUUUUAGUGAGAAUGUUCUUCAGCAAUAGGUGCUUCAAAAACACACUUGCAGAAUGGGCCCCACACUCCUGAUUUCUCCCGUUAGAAUUUGUCAUCAGGUCUUAUGGCUAUUUCAGAUACUCAUGCAAUUUUAUCACUUGGUAGUUGCAACUGUACGUAUUAAUUGCCUUCCUUAAACAUUCUCCCUCAGAUAUGAGAUCACAUGAAAUGUCUGUGAUGGCUUACAUUACAUGUUAGCAGUUAAAAGAAAAAUCCAUGUUCUGUUCAGAUUUAUCCUUAAAUGAAUGGAUUGGUAAAUGGAUUGCUUUUUUAUCAAAGUUGUUUACUUGUUUUCAACAGACCUUAAUUCCAAAUAUAUAUGUUUAGGAAAGAAAAACUUGAUUUUUUUCCCCCAAUGGAUAUCCUAAAAUGUAUUUUCAGAAUAUUUUUCCUCAUGUACAGUGAUCUGCUUUUUUUUACUUGCAGCUUUUUCACCACAAUUAUUGUCAUACUUACGUGUGACUUUUCUGGGAAGCAUGAGAGAUUACAGUAUAGGAAAGGGCUAGGACUGAAAAGUUACAGUGCAUCCUGAUUGUCAUAUAAGAUAUGACAUAUGUAAUCUAUACACAGUAGAUUAUAUGAUGUAUAAAUCACAUAAUCUAUUAUUUGCACUGUCAAGACACUUCAGAAAAGAAUAUUAAUAAGUAAAAUUAAAUAAAAACAUAUCUGAUUGCUAAUUAAAAUGGGAAGCGAAGCAAAGAGACUGAAGGGAAGGAACAAAGAAAGGAGUUUAACCAUAACCCCUAAAGCAUAAUUCAUAAAGUUGUUCAGCAUUCCACCAACUAUUUUGAAAUAAGAUCCUGCAAAUACCCUCUCCUUUUCCACAAAACCCAUUUAAUUUACCUAUAUGAAAUUUUGGAGGAGCAUUUCUCACUAUAAGUGCUAUCAGUUUUGAAAUGUAAUAGUGUGUCCCAAAAUAGCGAAGUUUUCCCCUUUGCCAGUGUUCUGUCACAUUUAGCACAUGCCAUCUCCUUGUGAAAAGAUAGGUUUGCUCUAGAAUUCAUCCCCUUCUGCCAAACAGCCAUAAAGCUACGGUUAUAUUUUUCUUAUGCUAUACUGGGGUGAUUAAACUUUUUGAAAUUCACUGUGGAUCUGGAUCCCAGUAAGGCUGUAUUUAACCAAAGGGAGGAGGAGAGUAGCAGCUUGACAAGAAAUACUUGUAUUUUAAUUGAAUUAAUAACUACUAAUGAAAACUUAUUGCCUGUAAAAUUAGGUAUGUCAUUCACAACAUUAAUUGAUCCCCAUACCAACAUUCACACUUACAUAUAACACCCCAUCACGUACAGAAACAUUCAAGUACACAGAUGUAUUUGUUCCCUUCCUUCUUUCCAGCAGAAGCCAACAAAGAAUAUGUAAUAGAACCAGAUGAAUAUAGAAUAAGAUGAAGGGAUGCCUGCACUAGGAGUGGAAAGAAAGAGAAAGGGUGGGAGAAGACUGGAUAGAGAUUAGGUGGUGGGAAGAGGUUGCUAGACAGAGAAGGAAAGAAAAGAAAAGAAAAGAAAAAAGAGAACCAGUUAGGGUUAAAAUGUUUAAAUUUAAGCUAAUC